CGACUAGAUACGAUCGUGUUAAAAGCAAGUUCAACGCGAGGCCGCACGUCGCAAUUCAAGGCCAGAUUUUUUUUGCAAGUGUUAUCGAUGGAAGCAGAACAUGUCGAGGUUGCCGUGCAGAUGGAGGUCGACUCCGAGGGACCUGUAGCGUCUUCCGCCCCGCCGCCACCGAACCCGCCCACCGAACCGGUGGCUCGUGCUGCAUCCCUCCCACCCAUCCUCGCACCCUCCCAAGCGCAAGUCGGCUAUGUCUACUCGUCCAAGAUGAUGAUGCAUAGCUGCUCCCGUGGGCAUCACGAGGAGCAGCCGGAGCGCAUAUCACGCAUUUUCGACAUUCUCAAGGAUGCUGGCUGCACCAGAAAAAUGCGGAGACUGCCUAUCCGACAGGUGAUCCGAUCAGAGGCUUUGCUGGUCCAUAGCGAGGCGCUGUGGGAGAAAGUUAUGGCUAUACAAUCGAUGACCGACCAGGACAUAGCUGAUUCUGCAGCGUAUUAUGACGAGCUGUCUCUAUACGUACACAAGAGCACGCCAUAUGCUGCUCGGCUAAGUGCUGGAGGUGUCAUCGAGGCAGCACUUGCGGUCGCCCGCGGUGAUGUCAAAAAGGCCUUCGCCAUUGUCAGGCCACCCGGACAUCACGCUGAACCCGACGAACAUAUGGGCUUCUGUUUCUUUAACAAUGUAUCGAUAGCAUCGAAGGUGGUCCAGCUGCGUACUUCGGUCAAGAAGAUCAUGAUCCUAGACUGGGAUAUCCAUCACGGUAAUGGCACUCAGCGUACAUUUUACGAUGACCCUAGCGUCCUCUACAUCUCUUUACACCGCUACGAGGGUGGCCAUUUCUAUCCCAACGGACCCUUCGGCAAUCUGACCUCCUGUGGGCAGGGCGAUGGUCUUGGCUAUACGGUCAAUAUUCCAUGGCCCGAAAAAGACAUGGGCGAUGCCGACUACCUUCACGCAUUCCAGAAGGUCAUCAUGCCAAUUGCGGUGGAGUUCGCUCCAGAUCUAGUCAUAAUUUCUUCGGGCUUCGAUGCAGCCGAGGGAGAUACGCUCGGCGAGUGCCACGUCUCGCCUACCGGAUAUGCGCACAUGACGCACAUGCUUUCGGCCCUCGCCAACGGAAAGCUUGUCGUUGCUCUCGAGGGUGGGUACAGUCUGGACGCAAUUUCAGUUUCUGCGCUUGCUGUGGCAAAGGUCCUCCUAGGCGAAGCGCCGCCGCAGAUUGAAUCGAUGGUCGCUUCUGAGGUUGCGACGGAGACGAUAUGGCAAGUCGCGAUGGAGCAGAGCAAAUAUUGGAAGAAUGUUGACCCAAAGGCCUGUGAACCAAUAGAGGAAAUCGAGCCGAUUACUUUCUCAAUGUCCGAAUUGCUCAAGGCACACAGGCAAGACUACCUCUUCAGGACGCACUCCAUGGUGCAAGUGCCCCUGAUUCCGAAAGCCCUCGAAGAGCAGUUUGGCUCCCAAGUGGCUUGCACGCCGGACAUUAUGGAUAACGACGUAUUAGUCGUCUUCGUUCACGAAUUCGGGAAUCUGCGUGCGGAGCUCGACUCUGUGAUAUACUGUGAUGUCAACCAGGAGCAUUCGUAUCUAGUCGAUUGCUCCAAACAAGUGAUCGCAUGGGUGACGAGCGCCGGCUACGCCUUGCUUGAUGUGAACGUCUUUGCGAAACCAUUUACCAAGAGCAAAACAAGACACGCAGACGACCCAACAGCGGAUAUCAUGACCUACUUGUGGGAUAAUUACAUCCAACUUACCGAAGCUCGACGGAUUAUGCUCAUCGGACACGGGCCGGGAUGUGAGGCUCUCAUGGCGCUGAUGCGGCAAAGACCUGUCAACGUCAUGAAGUCUGUUCGUGCCGUAGUACAAGUUGUCGGCAACUACAGUGUGCCGGUCACACCUGGAGACAUCGACAGUCUCCGCACGUGGUAUUACAAGAACUCGCUGAUCUUUAUCCCAAAGGAUCAUGACAUACUUCACGACAAGAAGAUUAUGAAGAAACACGGCAGCGUCAUGCUCUCUGAGCUGACCCGUCAAGCAGAAGAGACAAAACCCAUCAAGCUGAUCAUACAGGCCCUACCAGUUAUCAAGGAUUUCGUCAGCCAACGUUUGGCAUCCGCACCUGUUACUAACGGCGAUUCGUAG